ACCCGCGUGAGAGAGGCAACACAAAAAAAAAUCCAAGAAAAGCGGUCGCAUUUUCUAGAGAGAGAAAAACCCUAAAUUCUCUCUCAUUAGUCAUAACCCGAAAAUCCUAGGUACUCUCAAAUUCUCUGAAAAAUCUCACUGACUCACCUCAAUCUCUCUCCUAAUUCGUCAAAUUCACUUCCGCAUCAACAAAUUCAACCGUUUAAUCUCACAAACCUCCCAUGAACGUAGUUUCAAACGUCUGAACAAUGUCGGACACCGCCACAGCCGAUACGAACCUCCUGGUGUCGCCGACGAGGUCGAGGUCGGUGACCGAGACCGUGAACGGCUCGCACCGGUUCGUAAUCCAAGGCUACUCUCUGGCCAAAGGCAUGGGCAUAGGGAAGCACAUCGCGAGCGACAAUUUCACGGUGGGAGGGUAUCAGUGGGCCAUAUAUUUCUACCCAGAUGGGAAGAACCCCGAGGACAAUUCGACGUACGUCUCGGUUUUCAUCGCCUUGGCGAGCGAGGGAACUGAUGUGAGGGCGUUGUUUGAAUUGACUUUGGUUGAUCAGAGUGGGAAGGGAAAGCAUAAGGUUCAUAGCCAUUUUGAUCGGUCACUCGAAAGCGGGCCGUAUACAUUGAAGUACAGAGGCAGCAUGUGGGGAUACAAGCGUUUCUUCAGAAGAGCUUUGCUUGAAACUUCAGAUUAUCUUAAAGACGAUUGUUUGAAAAUCAAUUGUACUGUUGGAGUUGUAGUUUCUGCAAUUGACUGUUCAAGAUUGCACUCAAUUCAUGUCCCAGAUUCGGAUAUUGGUGCACAUUUUAGUAUGCUAUUGGAAAAUAUGGAAGGUUCUGAUGUUACAUUCAAUGUGGCUGGGGAAAUAUUUCAUGCUCAUAAGUUGGUAUUGGCUGCUCGAUCCCCUGUAUUUCGAUCUGAUUUUUUUGAUGGAUCAGAUUGUGACAAUCAGGAGAUUGUUGUUUCAGAUAUGGAACCCAAGGUUUUUAAGGCUAUGUUGCACUUUAUAUAUAGAGAUGAUCUUAUGGAAGAUGAGUUGGUAGCUUCUAGUUCGUCAUGUGUAUCCUCUGUAUCUGACACAUUAACAGCAAAGUUGUUAGCAGCAGCUGAUAAGUAUGAUUUGAUGAGACUUAGAGGAAGGUGUGAGUCUCAUCUCUGCCAAGAUAUAUCUGUUAAUUCUGUUGCAGAAACUCUAGCUUUGGCAGAUCGUUAUAAUGCCACAGAACUAAAAGCUGUCUGCCUUAGAUUUGCAGCUGAAAACCUUGCAGAAUCUUUCGAUCCUCGAUGCGAUUCUAUGAUCCCAACUUAUGAACCCCCCAUUGAUCCAACAUAGAGUCAUAGUCUGAACGAUCUUGGUGGGAAUUUAUCACAAGUGUGGUUUGGCUAGAGAGCUGUAAUGCGAUCAGACGGCUUUGAAUACCUAAGGGAAAAUUGUCCUUCGCUGCAGUCAGAGCUCCUGAAGACAGUAGCUGGUUGUGAGGAGGAUUGUAGCAGCGGAGGGGGAAAGUCCCGAAGCGUCUGGGCCCAACUUUCAGAUGGUGGUGACACCAAUGGCAGGAGGGUCAGGCAAAGAACAUGAUUGUGUAGAAAAUUGAUAAAUUGUUGUUAUUGUAUUAUGAUGACCAAAAAAGGGAAAAAAAAAAAAGAAAAAGAAAAAGAAAAAGAAAAAGAAAAAAGAGAAAAGUCGAUUGUAUCAAAUGAAAUGCAAAAAUGAAAAUAAGAACAUUUUUUUUUCUUAAUUUUUCUUGUAUGUUCUUCUUGCUUGCUGUAGUAAUAGCAGCAAACUGAAUAUUGUUGUAUUGUUGGUUUAUGCUGUGUUUGCUAAUGGAUUAAAUGUAUCAGGAUUUUGUUCUUGAAAAUUCUCAGUACUGUUCAUAAUUUAUAAACUGAAGAUUGUGGUUUUAUUUUGUA